CUGGACUGUUGGCUUAUUGGGCUACUGAGUUAUGAGCUAUUACUAUGGGAAAUGCCAUGUUCUAUUCACUGUCUGAGUUCAUGUCCAACGCUUCCAUCAAACUAAAAGAUUGGGUGAAUCUCAUCUAGAUCCCACCAAGACUGGAGUUGAUGGACCUUCGUACAUGGGCUUCAACACUACAGACUCCCCUUUGGUCCAAACUCUUAGCGUCUCUCAAGCCCAGCUCAGCCCGUCCGUUCCUCGGGGACAAGGAUGGACCGACACCGGGCAGAAAAACUCAUCCAGAUUGCCCGAGAGUGUCUCCUGUUUGGGAAGAGUAGAGAAGCUCUCAACUAUCUCAGCCAGGCGCAGAGCAUCUACCCAACGCGAACCGCUGCCCGGCUGAUCAGCGGCAUCCGCGAGGCUUGGUUUCGGACGCAAAAUGGCCAUUCCGAACCGAGAUACCCCCAUUUUGAACAAAGGGAUUACUGGGGCGGCCACCACUAUGACUUUGGCUUCGGCGACGAGCCAACCUGGGAGGAGGAAGAAGAAGAAGAGGCAGAGGAAGAAGAGAGGCUGAAUUCUAGAAAGGAGGAGGAAGAUGACUACUACUCUCUGCUAGGAGUCAGCAAGGAUGCCAACGAGGAGACGGUGAGGAAGGCUUACCUCAAACUGGCCCUGAGGUACCACCCUGACAAGAACAGCUCCCCGGGGGCUACUGAGACCUUCAAGGCCAUUGGGAAAGCCUUCUCUGUCCUGAGCGACCCAGCGCAGAGGAAGAGCUACGACGAUGCCCAAGCCAAGGCGCGAGUGGUGUCCCAGCCAGACCUCACCACAGAGGACCUCUUUGACCUGUUUUUCAAGGGCCACUUCCCAGGGUACGCCUUCAGCCAGCAAUAUCAGCAGCCCAGGUCUACAAACAGGCGGCAGGGAGACAGGGGGCAAAGGUGGGAGGAAGAGGAGGAGGAAGAUGGCCGGCAGCAAUGGCGGCAGGGAGAGGACACGAGACAAGAUCGUGGGAGAGAAAGGAAAUGGAGCGAGGAGAGGCAAGGUGGAGGACCCAUGCCAAAAUGGUGGGAAAGGGAAAAAAAGCCUGAAAGUGGAAAGGGAAGAUGGAGCAAAAAUGCGAAGCAAGAUGGGAGGCAAUCUAAAGUGAACGAGGAAAAGAGAAACGAUGGAGGAAAGGGAAGGCCGAAGUGGCGGGAUGCAAAAGCACAGGACAACAGAAGGUCAAGGUGGAGAGAAGAAUUAGGACGGCAAGAAGCAAGAUGGACUCGGAGACAGGAAGAAGAUGACUCCAAUGCUGCGCGCCAAAAGAACGCUUAUUCUGCAUUCAUCCAAGUUCUGCCAGUUCUUCUCUUGGUGGUGAUCUCUGUGGUGGCCCAGCUGACCGCUACCACCCCAGGCUACAGCCUGCACCCUCGGUCUUCCUCAGGCCUGACCGUCUCAAGGGAAACGCAGACCCUAGGCAUAAUCUACUUUGUCCGGCAGGAUUUCGGAAGCCGUUACCAAGGCAAAGCCCUUGAGGAGCUGGAAAGGACGGUGGAGAAAGAGUACGUGGAGCACGCGCAGGCCGAAUGCUGGAAGGAGAAGCAGCAGAAGUCGGACUUGACCAAUCUGGCCAGACUGUACAGAGAUGAGAGACUAAGAGAGAAGGCGGAAAGCCUCAAGCUGGAGAACUGCCAAAAGCUAGUCAAUCUCAUAAAACAGAGAAAACCAGGAUGAGGCCCUUCAGACUGGGGUGUAGGGACAGUUGACUAUGGGAGAACAUGGUUGCUAGGUUCUAUUUGCAAGGAGACCUUUGGACAAGAAAAAAAAAAUAAACCUUACAUGGAUUUUACAAGAUUAGUUGUUGCCCGAAACUUUUUACUUGUGUAAACCCUUCCAGCAUCCCAUGGGCUCCAGCAGGUCCUUUCUAUGGAGCCUUCAACUCACUGGUGGCCAAAUGUCCCUUCCCAAGAGAACUUUCUCUUUGUAGAGUGCCAAGACCUUUCCAUUUAAGACUGAAAUAUUGGUUCCCUAAGGGAGAUACAAUCACUUGGGGUGCCAGUUUAUUAAGUGCCCCCCAUUGAGCCUAAAUGCUUCUGCCCCAAGGCUGAGGAACCUCUUUUAGAUAUAUAAAAAAUGCACUGGCCCCCAGUAAUUGGUUGGGAAGCCCUGCACUGCCAUCAUCUUCAUCUCCCAGAUGUUCCUGGGAUCCAGGGUGUGGGGUACGAGGGUGGCACUGUACCCCAGGAUUUGCUAGAACCGAGCUAGAACCUAUCUGGGAAAUAAAAGAUGGUGGCACUUCCCAGCCGGGUAUGAUGGGGGUAGUUUGUCCAAAAAUUGGCAGCCCCAGGUGGGACAACCAUUAUGACUGAACCUCUCAGUCCCAUAAAACACAUUAAUAUAUUAUUUAUAAAAGGGUACUCAGCCCAAACAAGUAUCCGUUGAGAGUUGUAGUUCGGCCAAUGUUCGUUAUGGCACCAACAGUGCUCUGAAUUUUAUUUACCAAUGGCCAAAGGGGGGCGAUAUUUUUCUUGGCACCGAUCUCUUCCUGUGGAGGCCAGAUUCCACCUUCCUGUCUAGUUGGGAAGAGUCAUUUUUAAAGGGGAUAUCAACCCCAAAAAUGAAAAAAAAAAUGUUCCCACUGCCGGCUUAGGGCGGGGCUUAAAUGCCAGGUUGAGCAAUUGGCUUUGUUAAUAUUUAUUUUGUGUAUUUAGGGUGAAAAAUCUGUGUUAUAAAAAUGCAGUUUAUUUAUUAAACUGGUGCCAUAAACCAUUAUUGAUUCACCAAA